AUGUCGCACGCAGUGUUCCAAACGGCUCAAAUCAUGCCGAUAAACACCCAGCUCCCGACGAAGCCCAAGCUGAUGGGUCCCAUCCAGCUUCGGAUGUCGGAGCGGAGAGGUCUGGUGUUGAAGGCCAAUUGCGCGGCUCCGUCUACCUCUGGUUUUGUGGAUGGAGAUUCCAUGGCUUUGUUGGAGAGGUGUUUUGUGGGGCCAUCCGUCACUGGCGGUUUUGGUCCGGUUAUGAAGGGACAGUAUGGUGCGUUAGGUGCGGUUACUCUUGAGAAGGGCAAGCUCGAUAUGUCUCAGAAGCAAUCCAAGUCUAGCCCCGAGACUGCAAUUGGGGGAGGUGGCGGAGAUAUUGGAAAGAGGAUAAAUAAUGGUGGUGGUGAUGGAGGUGACGAUGAUGGUGAUGAUGAUGAUUAUUUUGAUGACUUCGAUGAUGGUGAUGAGGGUGAUGAAGGUGGUCUGUUCAGAAGACGGAUGUUUCUUGAAGAGCUGUUUGAUCGAAAAUUUGUAGAUGCAGUAUUGAAUGAGUGGCAGAAGACAAUGAUGGAUUUACCUGCUGGGUUCCGGCAAGCUUAUGAAAUGGGACUGAUCAGCUCCGCUCAAAUGGUUAAAUUCUUAGCAACCAAUGCCAGGCCAACCACUACUAGGUUUAUUUCUCGUGCACUUCCUGAUGGAAUAUCAAGGGCAUUCAUUGGCAGAAUGCUUGCAGAUCCCGCUUUCUUAUAUAGGUUUCUUUUAGAGCAGGCUGCAACAAUUGGUUCCUCAGUUUGGUGGGAGUUAAAGAAUCGUAAGGGCAGGAUAAAGCAAGAAUGGGAUUUGGCGCUUAUAAAUGUGCUCACAGUAACAGCAUGCAAUGCUAUUGUUGUUUGGUCACUUGCUCCUUGUCGUUCAUAUGGGAACACAUUCAAGUUUGAUUUGCAAAAUACGUUACAAAAGCUCCCCAACAAUAUAUUUGAGAAGAGCUACCCACUGAGGGAGUUUGACUUGCAAAAGAGAGUUCACUCGUUCUUCUACAAGGCUGCUGAGUUGUGUAUGGUUGGACUAACAGCUGGAGCUGUGCAAGGUUCUUUAUCAAAUUUUUUGGCCCAUAAAAAAGAGGGAAGGUUAUCUGUGACGAUCCCAAGUGUGAAAGCCAAUGCACUUGGUUAUGGUGCAUUCCUUGGACUUUAUGCGAACCUGAGAUAUCAGCUGUUAUGCGGAUUUGACAGAGCUGUGAUGAACCAUUUUGAUGUUAUUGGAGUGGCACUGUUUCUAAGCACGACACUAAGGCUUUUGAAUGUACAAGUAGGGGAGAGAUCAAGGCUGGCUUGGCUUGGGGUGGAGGCUGAUCCACUGGUUGACUCUGAUGAUCUUUUGAAGGUUUACAGUAGGCCUUCUGACAAUCUUGAACGGCCAUCUUCAAAAUGGUUUAUUUCGAAGAAUGCCAUUGUUUCUGGGCUCGGUCUCCUUGGCAUCAAACAGGGGAAUGCUGACUCCGUUGCUGAUGGGGAAUCAUCAACCCCUAAGACACGUAGAAAGAGGAUUGUCCGGAAGAAGGUGACUGCAAGUUCAGCGUAG